AUGCCAGAAAAUAGCUUACCAGCUUGUCUGAAUGCAGCGGCCGAUGCGCCGGAAUGGUUGAACGAUAAGUAUGUAGAACAAAAGUUGCGUUGUGCGUUUAAGGAUGUAUCGAUCAAGGUGCGCCAGCUGGACAUAUACUAUGCCGUGCCGAGAGGUAACAACUAUGCUAGCAUCAUCUUUCGUAUCGGUGUUACGUAUCACUCCCAGCAACAGUACGAAAUCACAAGCACCUUCAUUGUGAAGGGCAUGAUCACCGAAGGACUUGCGGGCGAAAAGCUUCGUCAAUACGAUGUGCAGCGCAAGGAGAUGGACGUAUAUCAGUACGUCAUUCCCGAGUUGAAGCUGAUGAUGAGUUCGAUCGGUGAAACGGGUGAGCUGUAUCCUACCGCUCUGAUAGUGGACCGCAGGCGUGAAGUGAUCGUUUUUAAGGAUCUCGCCCCGGAAGGAUAUCGGAUGGUGGAUCGCACACAGGGCAUGGACAUGCAACACAUGAAGAUGGCCAUCAAGCUGAUGGCGAAGAUGCAUGCUGGUUCGCUGAAGUUGCAGGAACGACAGCCCAACAUUUUCAAACCGUACGACAGGAGCAUCGUAACGCGCCAGACGGACGCAUUCUAUCCGAUGUUCAUCCACAUCUUCAGUGCGCUCACCGACGAGGUUGCCAAAUGGGGCUCCGAAUGGCAGUACUAUCAUGCCAAGUUGCGAACGCUCGGUCCGAACUUUAUCGAGUACUCGCAGCGCGUGGUAGAUAAUGAUCCCGCCAGUGAGGAUUUGUGCGUCUUCGUGCAGGGCGAUUUGUGGGUAAACAAUUUCCUGUACAAGUACGAUACGCAAGGCAACCCGAUCGACGCCGUACUGCUGGAUUUCCAGUACUGUACCUACGGAUCGCCGAUGAUCGAUUUUUGCUACCUUUAUUAUACCUCGGCCCGGGAUGAUAUUAGGCAGCGUUGUUUCGAUGAGCUACUGCAGUACUACUACUAUCAGCUGACAGACUACGCUCGACGGUUGCAAUACAGCGGCAAACUGCCUACGCUCUACCAGUUCCUGCAGCAAUCGCUUCGAAAAAUGUUCUACGCCGUGUACUCGACCUUCAUCGCACUGCCGGUACAGAUGAACGAAAACACUGAAAAUGCCGACUUCGAUGCGCUAAUGUGUAGCGAUGAGCGGGCCCUGAGCUUUAAGCGGAUGGUAGUGGCGAACGUUAAAUAUCAUACCAUCCUUCGCGGGCUGCUUCCCCAGUUCGAUCGGAUGGGACUGCUAGACAAGUUGGACUAG